UCAAUGUUCACUGAAAUUCUAAUCAAUCUAAGUGUUGUGAUUACAUGUUUCAUGGUACACAAAAUAACAAACGUUAAUAGGCGUUUAGCGUUUGAGAGAAUACAGAAUGGUAUAACUGGACAGUUUGAAAUGCAACAAGAAAUAGAUAAACAGGAAAAUCUCCUCAAUUCAAUAUUUCCUCCAGUUGUAGCAAAAUUAAUUAAAACCCAAUUUAUUUCAAUGUAUGAUGAUGAAGAGCCUAUUGAUGGAAUUGAUUCAAGCUCAUUUAGGAAACUUAAUGUUAACAGAUUUGAGAAUGUCAGCAUUUUGUUUGCUGAUAUUAAAGGAUUUACUGCUCUCUCAUCCAAAGUUAAUGCUAAAAUCCUUGUGCGAACAUUGAAUGAGUUGUUUGCUCGAUUUGACUGUUUAGCUGAGACAAAUAAGUGCAUGCGUAUAAAGAUACUGGGUGACUGUUACUAUUGUAUAGCUGGACUUUACGAUAGUAAUAAAAAUCAUGCUCAAAGCUGUGUUGAAAUGGGAUUACAAAUGAUUGAAGUCAUCAA